AUGUCAGACAAAUCCUCCAAAAAGCUCCGAACGCGAGCAGACUAUCCAUUUCAUCUAGAGUAUCGCACACGAUGGUCCGAUAAUGAUAUGUACGGCCACCUUAAUAACAGUAUAUAUGCCUUCCUCUUCGACUCCAUAAUCAACCACUACCUCAUCAAUCACUGCGGCAUUGAUCCUGCACAACAGCGACCCAAGCAAACCCAAAAGCACAAUCAGAUCGGCCUUGUGGUUUCUUCGUAUUGUGAUUAUUUCGCUUCCGUAGCGUACCCUGAUGUUUUGGAGCUGGGGUUGAGGGUUGUUAAGCUGGGAUCGUCAAGUGUGGUGUAUGAAGUCGGUGUGUUUAGGGCUGGGGAAGAGCUCGUCAAAGUUGUGGGUGGAUUUACGCAUGUGUUUGUGGAGAGGGAGACAAUGAAGCCGAGGAGUAGUGGCGGGAUGGAUGGCAGUGUCAGGGAAGGGUUGGAGAGGUUGUAUGCUGCAGACAAUCCCAGGUUAUGAUACUCUACGUAUAAAGCU